AAGCCUUCCCUCUUCCCAGCAUAUCGUGUUAGUGUCCUCGUUUCUUUCAGCGCCUUGUUUUGUUCGUCUGUGCUUUCUGCGCGUUCGUUUAUUGUUGUGAUAGGGUUACAGUUUCCCUCUUCGUCAUGUCAGGAAGAGGAAAGGGUGCCGGGGCCGCCGCACGGAAGAAAUCGGUUACCAAGUCUGCCAAAGCUGGGCUUCAGUUCCCCGUCGGUCGACUUGGCCGCUAUCUGAAGAAGGGCCGAUAUGCGCAGCGUGUCGGAUCUGGUGCCCCUGUGUAUUUGGCCGCCGUGCUGGAGUAUCUGGCUGCUGAGGUCCUUGAGUUAGCAGGGAACGCUAGCAGGGACAACAAGAAGAGUCGGAUCAUUCCUCGUCAUAUUCAGCUUGCAAUCCGGAACGAUGAGGAGCUCGGGAAGCUUCUGUCUGGAGUAACAAUUGCCUACGGAGGGGUUCUCCCUAACAUUCACAGCGUCUUGCUCCCUAAGAAGACUGCUGGAGGGACUGGAGGGGAAAAACCUGAGAAGCCUGAGAAAGAAAAGAAGGAGAAGAAGGGAAAGGCCGACAAGGAGUGAAUCAAAUCCUUUACUUUCUAAUUCAACUGGUGUUUUGAAACACCCCCUAUAUCUAAAUUUUUUCUCUCCUAUCUGCGUACGAUGUUUUAUGCCCUCUUGCAGGGCAUUGCAAUGUGCUGUGUAGAUAGCCGUCCUGCGGCAGUGUACUGCUAAAUGAUGAUUUUGCGUUGCUCCUGUUACCAUUGAUUUGUGCACCUUCGUACGAUUCACCAAUUCUUUUUUUAAAUCAUGUAUUGGUUUGGUUGUCUUGUUUUUCCUGAGACGGGUUUACAUCUGGGAAAGCAGCCAAAUCAGAAACGAUGACCUCGACUCUUCAAGUUUCGGGGUUCUGGUGGUGGAGCUGCUAUCUCGACGUCAUUGAAUGCUCCUACUUUGCCUUGAAUAUGGAAAUAGCACAACAGGUGGCAGUUGAAUAUUCUCUUGUAAGUAGUUCACGGAUAUCAGGGUGUGCGGUAAUUAUGGAAGGCAUUGGAGAUGUAAUUUAGAAAAUCAAGUGACACAAUCGUAGACUUCAGUUACCAGUUUGAAUCCUUAUCUGAACUGAAGUAAAGCGGACCACCAUAUUCACACCA